AUGGCCAAUCAACAGCGAAUCGAACUCCUCCAAGCCGAAGUGGACGUGAAUGACCAAAGCUCCUUCCGCCUCUUGGUCAACGGCCAAUCCAUCAAGUAUAUCACCGUUGAACCCGGUAUCUACAGCACAGAGGAGAUGUGUUUAGGUCCGUCUCUAGUCUCCAUUCUACCCGAUUUCCCCCCUGGGGAUUGGAACGAAGGCUUGAUUUCCCGAGACGCAGACGAUAAUCAACCGUGCUUUACAUCUAUCAAAUUAACCCAGUUCCCGGGGGUCCAGAACACCUGGCAUGAGACUCGUAUCGACUACUUGGAUCUUUCGAUGGAGGGGAAAUUACGAACGGGAAUUUAUAAAGUCAAAUGUCCACAGUAUGAUAAUGUUGUUGUCGUCGCCAAGUUCGCGCGGUUCCCCUGGGAGAUCCAGUACAUUGGGAAUGAAACUACGGCGUAUCAGUGGAUAUCGGGUCAUGAUGUCGGGCCUGGGUUCCUUGGUCACGUAACGGAGAGUGGACGCGUGAUUGGGUUUCUGAUUGAAUAUAUAAGAGAUGCACGGCAUGCUGGAAUUCAGGAUGUUAAGAGCUGCAGGGAGGUAUUGGGGCGGCUGCAUGAUCUGGGGGUUUGUCAUGGGGAUACGAAUCCAUUUAAUUUUCUUAUCUGUGAUGGGAAAGCUACGUUGAUUGACUUUGAUACCGCUCGGAAAUGUGAUGAUCGGGGUGUGCUUUUUCAGGAGAUGGAUGGGUUGGCUGCGUGCUUGGACGAUCGAUCUAGUAGAGGGGGCGGUGGCUUUCUCUGA